AAAUGUGAAACUUUAGUGUAUUUUUUAAAGUGUUUUGUUGAGCACAGUGCAAAGAAAAAGUAAAAGAGACUAAAUCUGUGGUGUGGUGUGGUUGGUUUCUGCUACUCCAACCAUUUCUGUAUCACAACAACAACAACAACAAGGUUUUGAGUUUUGAAGGGUUGUGAUUUUGAUUUGAGAAAUUGCGAAGAUGAAUGAUGGUAGACAAAUGGGGGUGCAUUACAUGGAUGGUGGUGGCUUUCCUUAUGCUGUUAAUGAAAACUUUGUGGAUUUCUUUCAAGGGAUUAAUCAUGUUCCUGUCAAUUAUGCCUUUCCUGGCUCAAUGCCUGAUCAGGAUAAUGUCUACUGGUCAAUGAACAUGAGUCCCUAUAAGUUUGGAAUGUCUGGCCCUGGAAGUACAUCUUAUUAUAGUUCUUAUGAGGUAAAUGAUCAUUUGCCAAGAAUGGAGAACAACAGGGUCGAGUGGGAAUACCCUUCUGAAGUGAUCUCUGAGGAACCGGCUUCAUCAGAUUCUCCGCCUAGAAGAGACGGAGUCAGCAUGCAGACUAUCCCUGAAGAAUGUAGUCCCAAUCAUCAAGAGUCCAGUAGUAGCCAGGUCAUAUGGCAAGACAACAUUGAUCCCGACAAUAUGACUUAUGAGGAACUACUGGACCUGGGGGAAGCAGUUGGAACUCAAAGCCGAGGUCUUUCUCAAGAACUUAUUGAUACACUUCCAACCUCGAAGUACAAAUUCGGUAGCUUAUUCAAAAGAAAAAAUUCUGGAAAAAGGUGUGUAAUUUGCCAGAUGACAUACAGAAGAGGUGACCAGCAAAUGAAAUUGCCAUGCAGUCAUGUUUAUCACGGCGAAUGCAUUACCAAAUGGCUUAGCAUUAACAAGAAAUGUCCUGUUUGCAACACUGAGGUUUUUGGCGAGGAUUCAACGCAGUAGCAUCGGCAUGGCGAUAAGGAGCUCUCUUGCUCUUCUAAUUUUUGCUCCCUAUCCAUCUCUCUAUCUUUAUCUUUCUCCUUUAAGUUACACGUAGGUAGGUGUAGUAUGAAAAACUGUGACAGUUCUCACAUGAUACAUGUUUUAUUUGAUAGAAACAAGUUAACAACCUAACAAUGGUUAAUGUGUGAUAUUCUCUUAGCUUUGUGUCUAAUCCAUUUGUGGUUGACAAAGAUGAUAGAUAUGGUGUUAGAAUUUGGAAUGAAAAAUCUUAUGAGCGAGCAUGCAUGCAUAUGAUGGAUUGAAAAUGAAAUGUGUAUGGAAAAUUUUAAUGUUUCAAA